AUGAAUCCAAAUAAAAAGUGUAAAACUUAUCAUUUUAAUCAGAAAUGGGAGUUAGAGUUUUUUUUUGUUGACAUUAAAGACAAGUGCGUGUGUUUAUUAUGCCGAGAUACUCUUUCAAUUUUCAAACGUGGAAACAUAGAAAGGCAUUACCGAACUAAACAUGCAGAUUUCGAUUUAAAGUUUCCAACUGAUUCCAGUUUACGAAAAGAUAAGCUAAAAACCAUGAAAUUAAAACUGAACCAAGAGCAGUCUGUUUUUAAAAAUACAAAUAAAUUGGCCCAAAAUGUAACUAUUGCUUCAUUCAAAGUAGCAUACUUAUUAACAAAGAAGAAAAAACCGUUUUCCGAUGGUGAAUUAAUUAAAGAAGCAUUUAAAGAAGCUUCUGACUCAUUGUUUACAGACUUCAAAAAUAAAAGUGAAAUUGUAGGUGCCAUUAGUUCAAUGCAAUUAUCAAGUAACACAGUAAUGCGUCGUAUUGGAGCCAUAUCUUCAAAUCAAAAAACUCAACUACAGACUGAUUUAUCAAAAUGUUCAUACUUCAGUUUACAAAUGGAUGAGUCUAACGAUAUGAUUGAUACUGCACAGCUUUCUAUUUUCAUCAGAAUGUGUUUUGACGAUUUUUCUGUUAAGGAAGAGUUUUUAAAAGUCUUGUCGUUAACCGGAAGAACUAGAGGAGAAAAUAUUUAUAAAACGUUUAAACAAUUUGUAGAAGAAGAAGAAAUUCCAAUUGAAAAAUUAGUUAGUAUUACAACUGACGGAGCCCCAUCAUUUUGUGGAAAUAAAAAGGGAUUUUUAGCGUUAUGUAAAAACGAUAAUUCGUUUCCUCAUUUUUUUCAAUAUCAUUGUAUAAUUCAUCAACAAGCAUUAUGUGGUUCAGUUAUAAAUAUAAACAAUGUUAUGGAACUUGUAGUGAAAAUUGUAAACAGCAUCAGAGGUAAGGCAUUAAAAAGACGUCUUUUUCGUGAACUGAUGGACGAAGUAGAUUGUCAUUAUGGAGAUUUACUAUUACAUUCUAACGUUCGUUGGUUAAGUAAAGAGUUACAAGGAAAAGAAAAACAAAUUAUUAAUAUGAUAUCAGAUGUUCAAGCAUUUUCAAGUAAAUUAGCAUAUUGGGAAAAUAAAAUGAAAAAUGGUGAUUUCCAGCAUUUCCCUACGCUUCAAGAAACAAUAAUUAAUUAUUCUGAAAAUAUUUAUGAGCCUACAAACCACAUAAAUAUAAUUCAACAUUUACGUUCCGAAUUUAAAAGAAGAUUCAACGACUUUAAAAUACUUGAGCCAGUUGCGCAGUUUAUAUCAAAUCCAUUUUCUGGGGAUGUUGAGACACGAGCGAAUGAAAUUGGAGAUUUGUUUAAUCUUGAUAAAACAGUUUUGGAAAUGGAAAUAAUAACGUUACAAAAUGAUUCAAUACUUAAGAUUACCUCGGAGUUUUGGAAACACGCAAGUGCUCAAAAAUACCCAAAUCUACGAAGCAUUGCCCUUCGUGUAACUUCAUUUUUUGGUUCAACAUGGUUAUGCGAGUCAACAUUUUCGAGUAUGAAAUACUUAAAGAACAAAUAUCGGUCAAGAAUUACAGACAGUAAUUUAGAUUCAAGUUGA